AUGAGCGUGAGCGAGGUUGACGAUCUUAUCCUGCACCACUUCAGGCUAAUCGCCGACAAGGCCCGGCAGGCAGUGGGAGAUGCCGGGAGCCACAACGUCGACAUGAUCAAGGCUGCGAAAGCCCUGCUCAAGGAAGGUGACCGUGCCGUGUCCAACAUCGAGCCGCUCUGCACUAAAUAUCUCGAAGAAUUCGGCCCAGUAUUUACCUUUGCCGUUAAGGACAAUACCAUCAUUUCCCAGCACCGCGCCAUCCUCACCGAGCUCCUCUGGGAAUUCGACGACUUAAUCCAGCCCGAAGAUGUUGACGCCUAUGAAUUCGCCAAGCUAAAGCACGCCUCGCGCAAGGCGGCCUUAGCCACGGUAGAGGCCCUGAAGUGCAUGAAGCUUGAGGCGGCCGCAUCUUCGUCGCCGCGCGGCUCCGUCAGCAAACUUCCCACCCCGCCCAUGCUGCACGCCGCCGUCGCACGCUCCGGCCAGCCCACCGGCGGCCUCGGCGGCAGCCACGGCCACUCCCACCAGAGCUCAUCCCCCAGCAGCAACGUCGCCAUGGCUGACGUCCACGACGCGACCGCCCAGCCGCCCGCCGCGGACCCCUCAGCUCCCAGCACUGACCACAUGACGAUGGACUGGCAGGAUUCGAGAGACCGCGGCCGGCCACGCUCACCCGUGUCCAACCCUUGGGACUUGCAGAAGAUGCCGCCCACCGAGGGGGCCCCGCCGCCAUCAUCCCAAGCCGACUGGGAUAUCAAUCAGAGGGCCUCAGAGGAUGAGCCGCCCAUCCUGCCGGCCGCGUGGCUCAUCACAGAUGCCGCAUCUGGUGUGGCCGUCAUACGCCCACCUCCGCCUGGCGAUGGCGACUACCGGCCCGGAUACCGCGACGGCAGCGUCGGUGAUAGACGCAUGAGCAUUGCCAGCAGUUCCUGCAGCGCACACUCGGAUCAGCACGACCGACCGAGGCACACCCGACCGAGGCACGAAACCGGCCUGUCGAGCUUCUCCAUUCCCAAAGAUAAAGUGGAGCAGCAGCACGUAUCGCCGCCCUACGUCCGACACCCAGGGCCCGCAUCGCCGGUGGCAGGGCCCCCACCAUCGGCGCCGAAUCCGCUGUCGUCACUGCCGCCCAUCCCAGCCAGCAAGCACAUGUACGUCCGGCGCGACUCAGCCAUCGAGUCUCCGAUAUCGCCCACGGGCCCGACACCCCUAUCGCCCACGGUGCUUGACGUCCCGACGAAGACACAGCAGCUCCCCAUCCUCCCCGGGUUCGUCGGAUCCCUUCCCGGACCGGAGGGUACGAUGUCGCAAUUGCCCGAAGUGGUCCCCUAUGGCGCCACCCUGCCGAUAGACACGGGACUCAUCCCCGUCGAGACCGGCGCCGCGCCGGCGAGAGCGCGGGUGGUGACCGACAAGCAGAAGGAGGAGGCUAGGAUCUUAGCCGAUAGUUCUAUCGCUCUAUGUGGUGGGUUCUGCGAGGGCACCAAUGAAGUCAUCAGGGGUCGUAUCGGUGUCAAGAGGUUGAGGAAGCCAGCCAUCGUCACGACGGCAGAGGUAGCGCGAUGCAACCAUUGCCUGUACGAGCUGGACUUUGCGCGCAUCGAGGCCGACGUCGACCGGCAUGACCAGGGAAACAGUACCAUGAGCGGCAUAAACUACCGGAUCCGGUUCCUGCAGAAGAGCCACCUGACCGUCAAGCGCAUCGACGACGUGCAGUUCGGGUGCGUCUUCUGCGCGCAGCAGGGCCACACGCUGGACAAGAGCGACGCGACCGUCUUCUUCAGCGGGCACCACCUGUUCGACCACCUGGCGCGGCACCCGCGGCCCCUCCCCGCCGUGCCGGGCAUGACCGUCAUCGAGGGCGACACCGUGCCGGACAAGCACUACAACGACUACGACAUCCACUUCCGGAACCCACCACUGCCGCACCCCGUGCUCGAGAGGAUCGACGGCGUCGGUUCCAGCAUGCCCACGGGCAUCUCCAAGGAGCAGAGCCGCCGCCUGUUUGGCCAGAGGUUGCUGCCCGACCGGUCGCCGGCCCUGCAGGUCGCCAAGGGAGCGAGGAUCACGUCGCUCCGCUGGCCCGACCGGUAUAACGGCGAGUGGUGCUUCGGAUGGCACGAGGGCACCUUCGCCUCCAUCCCUUUUGACAUUGUCCGCCUCGAGGUGCCGCCCUCUGACGAGAUCAGGUACGACAGGCAGAGCCUUGUCACGGCAAAGGCGAAGUGGAGGUUCUCUGUCAAGGACAAGGAGUACGGCGAUUGGCUCAAGUUUGACAAGAAUGAGACUAUCAGUAACUUGUGCUGGGUCGAUCGAGAUUAUUGGUGCUGGUCGGGAACAAAUGAGAAGAACAAAUCGGGCAUCUUCCCCCAAGCUUUCAUCAACACCAACACCAUCAUGGAGCCUACGGAGGGGGUACAAUCGAGGAUCACAUCGCUAAGAGAGGAGCAGGCGCGGUCGUCAUCCAUCAUGUCUAAGUUUUCGUGGAAGAAUAAGUACGUCUAG